CUCCAUUUUGAUUGGGUUAACACGGGAAUUCUCGACUUCGUUCGCGCUGACCAGUGUUUUGAUAUGUUUCAUAAGUAAACAUCGGGAUGUCAGCUAUACCUAUAGACAUUUGAAAUUCCUCUGCGAUUUGUAAAGUCGGUUUGACAUGUGAACUCAUGAAUGAAUAUUUUAAGAACUACUUUUUAUAUGCGCAGUAUUAUUAGGAGGUGUUGCAGGGCACUUCCGGUAACAAAAGUCUAACUUUAGCUGAGUUAUCGAGAAACCUAUUUCUGUAACUCAGAAGAAAGUAAUGGGCUAUUAUGAAAAAGGUGAUACUUUUCUUCACUGUCAUGGUUUUGUUCUCAUACAAAAUCCAGGGUUUACAUAGAUAUUGGAACGACAACACUGUGAACGGGAAGAAAUAUGGCGAGUUUUCCGAUGAGGAGAGAGUGGAAAUGUUGGAGGGAACAAAACGUAUGUUUCAUUUCGGAUACGACAAUUAUAUAAAGUAUGCUUUCCCGGACGAUGAACUUAAUCCAAUUUACUGCACUGGACGGGGACAUGACCAUGCCGAUCCGUCUAAUAUCAACAUCAAUGAUGCUCUGGGCGACUAUAUACUGACACUGGUGGAUUCAUUGGACACCCUAGCAAUAAUGGGUAACAGUUCAGAAUUCAAGAGAGCAGUUAGUCUGGUGGUAGAGAAUCUCUCAUUUGAGAAAGCCAACACAAUCCAAGUCUUCGAGGCAACCAUAAGGGUCCUUGGUUCUUUGUUGUCCGCCCACCUCAUCAUCACCGACCCUAAUCAACCUUUUGGAGACAUGGUCCCUCCUCAAUAUGACAACGAGCUUCUUUCAUUGGCCAACGACCUUGCCACAAGACUGCUUCCAGCUUUUGAAAACACAGCCACAGGAAUUCCAUUUCCCAGGGUCAACUUGAAGCAUGGUGUGCCAGUAAAUAGCGUUAACACAACUUGUACCGCUGGGGCCGGUACUCUGGUGCUAGAAUUUGGUGUGUUGUCACGAUUACUGGGAGAUCCGACAUAUGAAGCCUUUGCACGGCGAGCGGUGAAGAGACUUUGGUCUUUCCGUUCUAAUGUAACAGGGAUGCUAGGUCAUGUUAUCAAUGUACAGACAGGAGAAUGGGUGGGUGAGAUGAGUGGCCUGGGUGCUGGACUAGACUCCUUCUUUGAAUAUUUACUGAAGACGUUUAUAAUGUUCGGUGAGGAUGAGGACCUGAAAAUGUUUAAUGAGUCUUAUGAAACUAUAAAAUUUCACAUGAGGAGAGGGAGACAAAGAUGCAAUUAUGGAAAUGGCUAUCCUCCUAUCUAUGUGAAUGUAAACAUGAAAACAGGCAUAACCUUCAACAACUGGAUAGACUCCCUUCAGGCUGCUUGGGCAGGUGUACAGGUACUGAAGGGAGAUAUAGAGGAGGCCAUCUGUUCACAUGCACUUUUCUAUUCCAUUUGGCAAAAGUAUGGGUUUUUACCUGAGCGAUAUAACUGGCACUUAAAAGCUCCUGAUGUGCUGUUUUACCCACUGCGACCAGAACUGGUGGAGUCCACCUACCUAUUGUACCAGGCCACCAAGAACCCUUUCUACCUCCAUGUGGGCCGUGACAUCUUCAACAGUAUAGACGAGCAUGCCAAGGCCAAGUGUGGGUAUGGCACUGUUCAUGAUGUGAAUACUAAAUCUCUUGAGGACCGCAUGGAGAGCUUUUUCCUCAGCGAGACUUGUAAAUAUCUGUAUCUGUUGUUUGACAAAGACAACCACGUUAACAGGGAGCAGUCAAAGUACCUGUUCAGCACAGAAGGCCACUUGUUUCCUGUUGACAGAAAAUUACGUCUAAAACCUUGGCAAAAGGACGAAUUCGAUACAUAUGCCAAAAAGAAAAAGCGGAAAGUUGCUUCAGUUGUCAAUGCAAGGCACAAUGCAACUUAUUCCAACUGUGAUAACAUUCCGACAGAGCGUCGAUACUUCAUGCCCUUAGGCAGGCCAUACUUUGAGCAGAUUCAGGACUCUGUCGGACUAUACUGACUACAAAUAACUCUCCAAUGAUGCUUAAACAACCUUGUUGUCAUGGUGAUGAUUGUAUUACAUGUGCCUUGUUGUCAUUACUUUGUUGUACUACCUUAUUGUCAUGAUAACCAUUGUACUAUACUUUGUUGUCAUGGUGAUGGUUGUACCAUACUUUGUUGUCAUGGUGAUGAUUGUACUUCAUUGUUGUAAUGAUAACCAUUGUGCUAUACCUUGUUGUCAUGAUAACCAUUGUACUAUACUUUGUUGUCAUGAUUACCAUUGUACUAUACUUUGUUAUCAUGGUGAUGGUUGUACCAUACUUUGUUGUCAUGGUGAUGAUUGUGCUUCUUUGUUGUCAUGAUAACCAUUGUGCUAUACUUUGUUGUCAUGAUUACCAUUGUAAUACUUUGUUAUCAUGGUGAUGGUUGUACCAUAUUUGUUGUCAUGGUGAUGGUUGUACCAUAUUUGUUGUCAUGGUGAUGAUUGUGCUUCUUUGUUGUCAUGAUAACCAUUGUGUUAUACUUUGUUGUCAUGAUAACCAUUGUGCUAUACUUUGUUGUCACGAUGCUGCUUGUGUUUCCUUGUUGUCAUGGUGAAUAUUAUAUUGCCUUGUAGUCAUCAAGAUGUAUGACAUAAAGAUAAAUGGAAAUACUCAUGAAAUAUUUGACGAGAAUUGCAU